ACCACCUAUCCUUCUCCUUCCAGCGUUUCGCAGAUAAGCGCAGAUCUCUCCGCUGCUCUGUGACGCUGUGCGCCUCCCCUCCCUUCCUCUCUCCCAACAAAUGUGAGGCGCACCAGCGGGACAGACUCAGCACGGAUCCAGUUGUUGUGCGCCAACUAUCAGGAAAGUGACACUUGAAUCUAAAACCCUCCACAGGAUCCAUCCGAACCGUGGAUGAGAGUCGGAGGAAGAAAACACGUUCCGGUUUGGGGAAAGAAGGGACCGCAGAGACAGUUUUCCUCCCUUGUUGAUCUAUUUUUAUUUAUUAUUAUUAUCAUUUUUUUUUUUUUUGUUUUUGUUUGAGCAGCGCGCACAGACUGACAUGUCAGCGGGAGUAAAGACGUGAAUGAAGCGCGGCGCCAGCGCGGCGGUUUGGUGAAAAAUAAAGAGAAAAGGAUGAAAUCCAGGAGUCAGGAUCAGAGUCUGUCUGACUCCAGAGAGCUGGACAGAUCCUUCGAUCCGCUCACAGGUAACCCUCUUACCAAACCCAACAAAAAGACAAUUAAGCAGCGCUUCCUCAAACUGCUGCCCUGCUAUCACUCAGGCUCCAGCUCUUCAAUUACUCAAAGAAGUAUAACUGAAGAGGGGGAGCUGACCACAGUGCGCUACAGACCUGAGGGACUUGACAGUCUGGUUCAGCAGACGAAUUUCAGCAAAAAGGAGCUGCAGGUUCUUUACCGGGGAUUYAAAAAUGAGUGYCCCAGUGGCGUUGUGAACGAGGAUACGUUUAAAAGUAUCUACGCCCACUUCUUCCCACAGGGAGAUUCAAGUAUGUAYGCACAUUUCCUGUUUGAAGCCUUUGACACCCACAACAAUGGACUGGUUAGCUUUGAAGACUUUGCGGUAAGUCUGUCCAUCAUUUUAAGAGGAUCCAUCACCGACAAACUGAACUGGGCCUUCAAUCUGUAUGACCUGAACAAGGACGGCUGCAUCACCAGAGAAGAGAUGACAGACAUAAUGCACUCUAUCUACAACAUGAUGGGGAAGCACACUUACCCCAGCAUGAGGGACAGCGAUCCAAAGGAACACGUUGACAGCUUCUUCCAGAAAAUGGACAAGAAUAAAGAUGGAGUGGUCACCAUUGAGGAAUUCUUGGAGACAUGCCAAAAGGAUGAAAACAUCAUGCACUCCAUGCACUUGUUUGAGAACGUCAUCUGAAUGCUGACGGAUGGAAGAUGAGAAAAUCCCCACCGCUGUUUGGAGCUCUGCUGCCUUUAAAAAGCUCCCCGCCUGAGUGGUGGUGAGGUUUCUGUUCCUGCAACAAUAAGAGGAGGAAAUCCACUCCACCUCCUAGAAACUAAGGACACUGAGCAGAAUGAGCCAAAUGUUAUGUCUCCAAUGUGUUUGGCUGUAUGAAGGGGGAUGACGUGGAACCUGUAAAUACCUCUGCUAAAGUAACAUAAAGAAAAUCCCAGAUAUAAUCCAGACGCAGCCAUAGUUGCUAUAUUUUAAUGAAUGGAAAAGAUGAGAGCGCUUUUCAGUUUGGAUAUUAAUCUGCUGUACAUUAGAGACAAAACCUGAAUGUUCACAGAAACACUAUCAAACAAUGAAGUUGUGCUCAAAAUGUGAAGUUUGCAAACUUUCUGAAAUCACUGUCCAGUCCUGGAACCAGAGAUGAGAUAAAAGCAUGAAAUGAAGCCAUAAUCUUCCAACAACCUCUGUGUCCUAGUAAAAUCCUAACACAUUAACAUCAA